AUGGUGGUCGAAACGAGAGGAGGGGGUAAGAGGAAGGAUAAUCCAACGAAAGAAGAGGUUCGGAAAGUGAAGUUUGUAAAGACGGCCUCCGAUAAUAUUGAGAAGACGACGACGGAGAAUGUUGAAUCGACGGGAAUGGCAAAGACGACGGAGAUUGUUGACUCGAGGGAGAAGACGAUGGAUGUCUCGACGGAGGUGACGACGGAUGUCUCGACGGAGAAGACGACGGAUGUCUCGGCGGAGAAGACGAGUGAGGACGCGAGGGAGAGUACGGCAGAGAUAACGGAGCCGAGUGAUGUGGCUUUAGAAACUGCUCCGGCGACAGUGAACAAAGGUCCUGCUGGCCCAUCUCCUCCAGCUCCUCCAGCAACUCCGGCGAUUGGGACUGAAUCUGAAGAAGAAGAGAAUGAGGAAACCCCUUCUUCUGGAGAUGAAGAGAAUCAGAAAGCCGGUUCUGGAGAGGAAGAGAAUGAUCAUGACGACCGUUCCGAUGGUUCUAGCCAGGAGAAUGAAGAUGCUGAAGAAGAACAAGAAGAAGCAGAUGAGAAGGAAGAGACUGAAGGUUCUGAAGAAGGAAAUGAAGACGAAGAAGGAAAGGAUAAUGAGAAUGAAGGUUUUGAAGAAGAAAAUGACCGAGAAGAGUUAGCAAAUGGAGAUGACAAUGAGAAUCCACCUGAACCCGGGAAUCCACCUGAACCAGAGGGUUUGAAUGGAAAUGUGGCAACCGAGGCAAUCAAACCAACCAGCAUGUUCUUCAAGCCAACCGAGUACAGAAAAAAAAUAAAGCUAGGGACAAGGUGUAUGAUAGCUAGCGCGAUUAAGACGCUAAAAAAUCUGAAACCCAAGCUGUCUAACGCGGAGAUGAGCUGGUUCAAGGAGCAUCCUCAAUUCAGACACAUUUUCCACAUGAAGAUAGAGACUAACCACAGGGUUCAGGGAAUGUGGAUGUUGUUGUUGCGUAAUGCUGGUAGCGAGAAGCUGAGAGAAGUGUGGUUCAUUGUGAAUGGGGUUCCAAUCCGUUACGGGCUGAGGGAACAUGGUUUGAUAUCUGGGCUAUUCUGCCAGAACUAUCCUCUCGGCUACAAAGAGCUUGGUGGGACGAGGUUCGUUGAUCGUCAUUUCAAGGAAGGAGAACCGAGAAGGUUAGAGGAUGUUAAGAAGAAGCUGGUGAACAUGGGACCCCACAAAGACAGACUGAAGAUGGCGGUUCUAUUCUUCUUAGCUUCGGUUGUUUGUGCGCAAACGAAGGUUGGACACAAGGCUAAUGAUGUAUUGGAGGUGUUCCAGAGAGCAGUGGAUGAUCUUGAGUACUGCAAGUCCUUUCCGUGGGGGAGAUUUUCCUAUGAUUACAUGCUGAAGGAGAUCUCUCACACAAUGAAGCAUUUUGGAGGGGUGGUUAAAGAGAAAACAUUAUGGCCGCUACCAGGUUUCUGUGUUCCAUUAGAGCUUCUUGCAUUCGAGGCAAUUCCGAAGCUAGGAAUAGCGUUCAGAGAGCCUGUGGUUGGAGCUGGUCGCGACUGUCCGAGGAUGUGCAAGUCCUACUUUAAACGAAAUGGAAUGACAGGGGUGUCACUUUCUGUGAUAAACAAGGAACUGGGUAACACAACUGUUAUUGACAGCAUCAUCCCCACCAAAACUCCACGAGAAGAUAGCCUUUUGGAUGAGAUUAUGGAAGAUGAAGACGAUGUUGAUCAAUCUGAUAUAGCUGUGGACAGUUGGGAGAAGUGUCUGGAUGCAGGGCAGAAGGUUUUUUUUAAAGACAUGUUCGACGAAGAUGUAGCUGGGCGUGAAAAACAGCCAGAACCGAUUGAAGAUGCAACAGGGGAUGGAGUACAAGUAGGUGAGCAGUCGAUUCAGCUGGGAGAUGUUAUGAAUAUGCUGAAAAAACCAAUGAAAUUGAUGAGGAAAAUUGACAAGAAAGUUGACUAGCUGGAUGGGAGAUUGGCCCCGCUUGAGGAAUUUGUCAAGGAAGCACAAGGCAAAGUAGUAGAGGUUGAAGAAGCAGAAUCACAAGGGAAAGACAAAAGAAAGAAAA